AUGGCGUCCCGUCAAGACUUCCUCAACCAGCAGGCGCCCGAAAACUAUGUUGCUGGUCUCGGUCGAGGUGCGACAGGAUUCACCACCCGAUCAGAUCUAGGCCCUGCUCGCGAAGGCCCCAGUGCCGAACAGAUACAGGAAGCUCUUGCGAAACGAGCGCAGCAAUUAGGAGCCGCUCCGCCGACUGCCUACGGUGCCACAGAUAAAAAGAAGCCGGAACAAGAAGAGGAUGAUGAUGAACGAUUUCAAGACCCAGAGAACGAAGUAGGACUUUUCGCCUAUGGACAGUACGACAGAGAAGAUGAUGAAGCGGACCGAAUAUACCAAGAUGUAGAUGAGAAGAUGGAAAGACGCCGCAAGGCAAGAAGGUUAGUUUGCUCCCACCCCUAUGCAGCCCUUCCUCUCAUUCCCUCCGCCUCCAUCAUGGAAACCCGUGGUUUAUCUUUUCCACCUGUGUAUGAACAGAUUACCGACGUAAUUCCUUCGCCAAUCUCUAGGGAAGCACGAGAAAAAGAAGAGCAAGAGGAAUAUGAUCGAAACAAUCCGAAAAUCGCCCAACAGUUCGCCGAUCUCAAGAGAUCACUCGCCACAGUCUCUGACGAUGACUGGGCCAGUUUACCAGACCCGGGUGAUCUGACUGGUAAAAAUCGAAGAUCAAAACAGCUCUCGAAGCAAAGAUUCUAUGCCGUCCCCGACAGUGUAUUAGCCGGUGCCCGAGACUCGACCGAUUUCCAGACCAGUGUGCAGGAAGAUGGUGCUGAAGCAGCAUCAAGUGCUGACAACAAAGAUGGGACCAUCACUAAUUUCGCCGAUAUCGGUGCAGCCAGAGACAAAGUCCUUAAAGCUCGGCUAGAUAGAGCUGCUCAAGGAGAUGCAGGCAACGGCACAUCUACAACCAUCGAUCCUAAAGGAUACUUGACCAGUCUUGCUUCAACCGAACUCAAGUCGAGCGAGGUGGAAUUUGGCGAUGUCAAUCGAGUCAGAGUUCUCUUGGAGUCGGUCAUCAAGACGAAUCCGAAACACGCACCUGGAUGGAUCGCCAUUGCACGCUUGGAGGAAUAUGCUGGGAAGAUAGUUGCCGCACGGAAAUGGAUCGCCCAAGGAUGUGAACAAUGCCCGAAGAGUGAGGAUGCAUGGCUUGAGAACAUCCGACUUAACGACAAUCACAAUGCCAAAAUUAUUGCCGCCAACGGUAUCAAGAAUAAUGAAAGAUCAACACGACUAUGGAUUGAAGCCAUGCACCUGGAAUCUGAUCCUCGGGCCAAGAAGCGCGUUUUACGGCAAGCGAUUGAUCAUAUACCACAGUCUGUUGCGAUCUGGAAAGAGGCUGUCAAUUUGGAGGAGGAUGCCGAAGAUGCACGACUCUUGCUUGCAAAGGCGACGGAGAUCAUUCCCCUUUCUGUCGAGCUUUGGCUGGCACUAGCACGUCUGGAGACCCCAGAAAAUGCACAGGCAGUGCUGAACAAAGCAAGAAAAGCCGUCCCAACAAGCUACGAGAUUUGGAUUGCUGCAGCACGAUUACAAGAACAGAUUGGAAAUGCCAACAAAGUCAACAUUAUGAAUCGCGCGGUCAAAGCUCUUGUGAAGGAGGGUGCAAUGCCCAAGCGUGAGGAGUGGAUCACCGAGGCUGAAAAAUGCGAAGAGGAAGGUGCAGUUCUUACGGCCGGUGCUAUCAUUCGGGAAACUCUUGGCUGGUCGCUCGAUGAGGACGAUGAUCGCAAGGAGAUUUUCAAGGAUGAUGCCAAAGCUAGCAUUGGUCGAGGCCGGUAUGAGACGGCGAGAGCCAUCUAUGCCUACGCCUUGCGGGUUUUCCCGACCAGCAAGUCGUUGUGGCUGGCAGCAGCGGAUGUGGAACGAAAUCAUGGAACCAAGGAAGCACUCUGGCAGGUACUAGAAAAGGCAGUCGAAGCUUGCCCACAGUCAGAGGUGUUGUGGUUACAACUCGCGCGGCAGAAAUGGGAUGCCGGUGAGGUGGAUGAUGCCCGCCGUGUACUGGCCAAAGCCUUCAACCAGAAUCCCAAUAAUGAGGACAUCUGGCUCGCUGCAGUCAAACUAGAGGCGGACGCAAAACAGGUUGAACAUGCAAGAGAGCUACUUUCGACAGCCAGACAGGAAGCACCGACGGAACGAGUGUGGUACAAGAGUGCUACAUACGAAAGGCAACUUGGUAAUAUCGAUAUUGCAUUGGAUCUGGUCCUGCAAGGCCUAACUUCGACUGUGGUCAACAAGAAAGAAACUCGGUUCCCUCGCAGCGCAAAACUGUGGAUGAUGAAGGGUCAAAUCUACGAGGACAAAGGCAUGCUCCCACAGGCCCGGGAGGCAUAUUCUCAGGGAACAAGGGUAGUGCCCAAGUCAGUGUCGCUGUGGCUUCUCGCUGCACGACUCGAAGUCAAGGCUGGCGUUAUCAUCAAAGCUCGUUCUGUACUGGACAGAGCGCGAUUACAAAACCCGAAGAACGCCGAACUAUGGGUCGAAAGUGUACGAGUUGAGCUGAAUUCAAAUCCACCCAACGUGCAACAAGCCAAGGUGUUGAUGUCAAAGGGUUUACAAGAAUGCCCGAAGUCAGGAUUACUAUGGUCAGAAAACAUCUGGCGGCUACAGCCUCGAACGCAACGAAAGCCGCUAAGUCUGGAAGCCAUAAAAGCUGUCGACAACGACGCGAUACUGUUCGUGACGGUUGCAAGGAUAUUCUGGGGUGAGCGGAGAUUAGACAAGGCGAUGAAUUGGUUUGAGAAGGCUAUUGUGGUUGACAGUGACCUCGGUGAUGCAUGGGGUUGGUACCUGAAGUUCUUGUUGCAACACGGCACUGAUGUGAGUUCUCCUACGAUUGAUAUGAGUAUGACACGAUUACUGACUUUUGUCUGUCAACAGGAAAAACGAGAGGACGUCAUCUCCAAGUGUGUCGCUAAUGAACCUAAGCAUGGUGAGGUUUGGCAGAGGGUUAGGAAGGACCCAAAGAAUGCAUAUUUGACGAUAGAAGAGGUGCUGAAGGAAGUGACCAAGGAGUUACAAUGA